GGGUAAGCCUGGUGGAAGCUUCUAUGGGCUUGGCAUGUUGUUAUUUGGGUCUUUAUUUUCUAGUCAAACUAGUAACCCACCAAACCUUCGGGAAGGAGGCAGAAGCUAUACUUUCCAAUUGCAUACAAUUACAUGCCUGGUCAAUGAAGGUGGCUCGUUCCCGUUUCCAUUCCAUUUACCCCGAGGAUCGUCGAAAUUUUCAUAUUAUCUAACAUUAUAACUCGAAUUUUAAAGACAUCCUUGUUUUUCUGCCCUCGACGAAAUUUCCCACUUUCAGAUUGCCUUUGAUACUUCCGUCCGUCGACAGGCCGGCUUCGUGGUCCACCUAUAUUGCCUGCUACUUUUUCAUUCAUAUGAUCUUUUAAAUAGCAGACAGAUAGAUUCAGUCAAGGCUGCUGCAACACCAGGAAUCCAUUAAAGAGUUCCUUUUUGUUUUUGGCUUUCUUUUGAGUGGAUCCAUAGGAAGACAAUUUUUACAAGGGAAGAGGAUGAGGAGGUAAGGUAGCAGAAACAAUGGCGUCUGAGAUCGAAGUGGUGACAGAGGAGCUUCACCAGAACACUAAUAGUCAUAAUUCCAAUGGGGUAGUAAAUGGAGUGAUAGAAGACGAAGAGAGCCUCAAAGAUGAUAUUUACACGGCCUCGGCUUACGGCGAUUUGGAUAAGUUGAAUAGAUUAGUGGAGAGUGAAGGGUGUUCGGUUUCCCUACCUGAUGGUGGCGGUUAUUUCGCUUUACAGUGGGCUGCCUUGAACAACCGCGCUGCCGUUGCUCAGUAUCUAAUUGAACAUGGGGCAGAUGUUAAUGCUGUUGACCACACUGGUCAGACUGCUUUGCACUGGACUGCUGUGCGUGGGGCAAUUCAGGUUGCUGAGUUGUUGCUUCAGGAAGGUACUCGUGUGGAGACUGCAGAUGCAAAUGGAUACCGCGCAACGCAUGUGGCAGCUCAAUAUGGACAAACAGCUUUUUUGUAUCACUUUGUAACCAAAUGGAGUGCUGAUGUUGACGCACCUGACAAUGAUGGGAGAAGUCCAUUGCACUGGGCUGCUUAUAAGGGCUUUGCUGAUACUAUUAGAUUGCUUCUGUUUAUGGAUGCGUAUCGGGGAAGGCAAGAUAAAGAAGGAUGCACUCCUCUACAUUGGGCUGCAAUAAGGGGUAAUCUAGAGGCCUGCACUGUGCUUGUACAAGCUGGCACUAAGGAGGAUUUAGCGGUUACUGAUAGUUCAGGCUCUACUCCUGCCCAACUUGCAUCUGAGAAAGGCCAUCGCCAUGUUGCAUUGUUUCUUUCAAAUGCUCGUAGAAUAUUCAAUAAUCGCUGGGAUGAAAGAAGCCGCCUGGGAAGGCUUGCUAAGAUGGGGCUUGCUCCUAUCCUUUGGUGUAUGAUUACCAUCCUCCUCAUCAUGUACAUCAGCUCGGUAAUCACAUCCUCUACUCUUGUCAAAGUUACAGCUGGAGUUGGACUCUGGGCCUGGUCUGCAGUUUUCCUUGCAUCUGGUGGGCUUGUUAUGUUGUACAGAUGUGGCAGUAAAGAUCCGGGGUAUAUCAAAACGAAUUCAAGUGAUGCACAUAAUCUUAAAGCUGUAGAUGAAUCUUUGUUGAAUCCUGAGCUGAGCAACCCUGCUCUCUUGGCAGGGCAAUGGUCACAGCUUUGCCCAACCUGCAAGAUAGUCAGACCUUUGCGUUCUAAGCAUUGCUCUAUUUGCAACCGCUGUGUUGAGCAAUUUGAUCAUCAUUGCCCUUGGAUAUCCAACUGCGUUGGGAAGAGGAAUAAAUGGGAUUUUUUCUUGUUUCUGUUUAUGGAAACUUCUGCAAUGCUGAUUAGUGGCAUUGUUACUUUUCAGCGACUAGCGGCAGAUCAAAGUUCUCCUUCGUCCUUCAGGCCAUGGAUGAACCAUUUAGCAGUUCAUCAUCCUGGUGCAUUAGCAUUUUUCAUCAUGGACAUUCUCCUGGUGUUUGGUGUUGCAAUGUUGACUGGCAUACAGGCAUCACAAAUUGCACGAAAUAUAACCACCAACGAAAUGACAAAUGCUAUUCGUUAUAGUUAUCUCAAGGGGCCUGGUGGUCGUUUUCGAAACCCUUAUGAUCAUGGUUGUCAAAAGAAUUGCACAGAUUUCCUCAUCCAUGGAUAUAAUGAUGAUACAGAGAUUGCUUGGCAGCCUUUACAACAAGAUGGAACUGGAACAGUUCAGAUGAGUAGGCAUUUGGCAUCUUCAAAUGCUGCUGGUUCUGUGAAGAGUGUCAAUGUUCAGGACAAGAGUUCUGUUGAUAUAAGCUCUGGAAACUGCAAUGUUAAUGUUCACUCUUCGCGUUGUAAUCAUAUUCAUGGUCAAUCUGAGGUAGUUCCUCUAGGCCUAGGUCUUGGGUUGGGACGUAGUAAUUUGGGGCAUGGUCAUCACAGUGCACGUGCUAUAUAAAUGUGUUAUAUAUCAUGAUUUGCGUAGAGAAUUUGGUGACCAUUGUAUUUAUAGUUAAUGAUUGUUUGGAUUUGCAAUUGAGUGGCAAGCGUCUUUGGAAAGGGCAAUAUUGCUUUUUUUUUCCAUCCAAACAAAAAUGGGAGCAUCAAAAAAAUUUCUCCAAGAAUCAGAGUUCUCAGAUUCAAGGAAUGUGUACAUUGCUAUUCAGAAGAAUUCUUUUCCCUGUUGCAAUUCAACUUUUAACCACUAUUCAUCUUGCAGGUAACCUCUACAGAUGCUUCAUAAGAUAGAUUUUUAGGUGCUAGCGAGCACCAAUGUUAUCAAACAUUUUUAUCCUGAGAGAGUUUGCCAUGCUUAAUCAAUGUUUCCUAACUAACCAGAAUGACAGGCCUUGACAAAUUUUGUGCUGCAUGUAUUGUAAAGUGCUGCUACAUAAGAAGUCAUUUAGUCAGGCAGGAUGAAAUAGCGAUAUACUUGCAGUCUUAUGCAAAGUAUGUUCAAAAUCGGAUUUUCUGGAGGAGUGAUGUUUUCACAGCUGACACUGUUAAUGUGAAUAUGUAACAGGUUCUUAAAUGGUGUUCCUGCUUUGAAUGGACAACAUUAUGUCCUUUACAAGUGAUUAAACUAUCUUUGUUCUCUUCUUGUAAGAGUAAUUAGAUUAUCUUGCUGA